AUGAUCGUCGUUAGUAGACGAGUUCAAAAUGGUGACUCUAUUGAUCUAGUCUCACCUACGCCAAGUUCAGUUUCCACAAAGUAUGACAUCGCCAACAGCAACGACGGUCUCGACCUCACUGACGCGCUUAUCUUGACUUUCUCGAUUCUGAUUGCCUUAUUCCUUUACGUGAUCAUUAUUGCCAUCAUAUUCUUGUAUUUACGCGAUCGCAAUAGGCGUCGAGAUUACAAGGAGAACUUUGAUUCCAAAGGCGUACAAACCGACCUGGCAACCAAUUUUAUAUCAUCCCGUAGGGAGUCUUUAAACUCGCAAAGCUCAUCUCGGUCGGCUGCCUCAAGCACGACCUCAUCGAAAAUUCGAAAAUCAUCUGAUUCAACCAAAAAACACGUGUCCAUCCAGACUACUCCUCAAGCUUCAACGAUAAUACCGAUGCCUCAUGAAACACAAAAUUUGGUCGAAAGCGUGACCGAGAUCACAAAACCAAAUUCCACACAGAAACCACGUCGUAUUGUCCCACAGCCUGCAGCGGUGAUUCCACCUCCGAAACCGUAUCCCAUGAACCCACCUCCAAAAUGUCCCUCCGUCUUGCCGCAGGAGUGCCCGGUUAUAAUUAUUUCUCCACCCCGGAACUCACUUCAGCUAACAGAUGAGAAUAAUCAACAGAAUGAAAAGUUUGCAGACACAGAUAUCGACGACCAGCAAAUAUCUAAGACCGACAUUCCUCCCUCUACGUUUGCUUCCACAUCCACGGCGGUGGCUAUGCCUUCCUCUGCCUUAAUAAAAAAUACCACGAUCUCGUCGUAUACAGGAUACACGGGUAAAGGGAAGGCCCGUGUUUUUUAA